AUGGCGAUAGACAGCAAGAUGGCGGACAGGCGGCCCGACCCUGUAGACAUCGCCAGUGACAGCGGCAGCGACAGCGAGAGUGACGACGGCAGCAUGGCCGACGGACCAGACAUGCCGCUCGUCAGGACGCAGACGAGGGACACAGAGAGGGAGAGAGAGAACGCUCGCAAGGAGGUUGUCCGUCUGGUCGCCUUUGUCUCCAGCGUCCUCAACGCACUAUCCGCUGGAGGAAUAGCUGCAUUCUCCCUCUAUGGCCCGCUGCUGCUCACCCGCCUGCACUACACCCAGUUCCGGGUCAACGUCAUCGCCGUUACGGCGGAGAUGCUCACCUACCUGAGCGCCCCGUUGUUCGGCUUCCUCUGCGACAGAGUCCGGCCCUCGCUCGUCUCCUUCAUCUCCGCCGUCCUCUUCGGCGCUGGAUACCUGCUCGCAGCCUUCACCUACCGCUCGGGACCCCCAGCCAGCCUCCUGGUCGGCCUGCCUGAGGAUGACGGCCCACCCAGGCCACACGGCUGGCCGUUCGGCGUCAUGGUCAUCGCCUAUGCCAUCAUCGGCGCGGCCACAGCUUGCAUGUACUUCUCUGCCGUCACCACAAGUGCAAAGAACUACGCCUCCAGCAAGCACAAGGGCAUCAUGCUGGCUGCCCCCAUAGCUGCGUACGGGCUCAGCGGCAUCUGGUACAGCUUCCUGGUCAAGUUCUUCGUCUACCGCGGCGCAGACUCCACCGCUCACAGCGACGGGUCCGGAGUAGACCUUAUCCACGGAGACGUAGAUGUCUUCCGCUUCUUCGUCUUCCUCGCCAUCGUCACCUUUACCGUCGGAGUCAUAGGCGGAUUCGCACUGAACGUGGUUGACGAAGAGAAACUUAUCGAGGUCGGUGUCGAGGAGCUCGAGCGGAGUGGACUGCUGGUUGAUACGGACGGGCAGUAUGGGACUUUCCGUGCUGGCCAUGGCCACGAUGAUACCAGUAACAACAUCCAGGCUGAUACCCAUCCGGACGACAAGGUGAAGAAGACAUGGCUGCUUAACCAGGAGACCAAGCUCUUCCUCCACGACAGGACCAUGUGGCUGCUCUCCCUCGGCUUCAUCCUCAUCUCCGGCCCCGGAGAGGCAUACAUGAACAACGUCAGUCUCAGCCUUUUUUCUUUUUUCUUUUCUUUUUCUUUUUUUUUUCGUUUCUACCUCCAACUUUCCUCUCUCUCUCUUUUUCUCUAUGUUGGCACUCUUACCAGCACCCUGUCACCCCCUUCAGCCCAAGACAAACCAGGCACUCCCUUGCCCGCAGGAGAGCCAUCAACCCACGUAGCUCUAAUGGCACUAACCUCUACCCUCGCCCGUCUCAUCACAGGCUCUCUUUCAGACUACUUCGCUCCCAGACAAGCAUCAACUUCAGACCGACGGACCUUCUCCCGUCUCUUCUUCCUCAUCCCCUGCGCCCUCCUGGUCUCCCUAGGCUACUUGGUCCUCUCCUCCCCCGUUCCACUCUCCUUCCCUUCUCUCCUACAUCUGACAACCACCUUCAUUGGCUUUGGCUACGGCGCCUGUUUCUCCCUUGUUCCCAUCAUCAUCUCUGUUGUCUGGGGGGUGGAAAACUUCGGCACCAAUUGGGCUAUUGUUUCCAUGAUCCAGGCCCCCGGUGCCGGCCUGUCAGGGGCCAUCUACUCUGCCGAGUAUGAUGCUAAUGUCUCUGACAACGGACAGUGCUUUGGCUGGAAGUGCUAUGGGUUUUGGGCCGUGGGCAGCGUCAUUGGUGUUUUGAUUGCUGCCACCAUGUGGAUGGUUGCUUGGAGAGGGUGGAAAAGACGAAGCAUUCCGGUUUAA